UUGACUCUCUAUGCUUUGCUGGAGUGGUUCUGAUUGGUUACCCAAAAUAGACGUCUGCUAGUUCCGUAUAAAAGCCAUCCACAACACGGAAAAAGAGGCACUGAUAAAAACAGCCGAAAUUCUGGUGUUUCACCAUAAUUAGAAGACAUUACCUGCCUGUUGACACCCUGAGACAAGAAGCUGUGAUACAGUCGACAAACGGUAGUCUGUUAAUAAUUCAGAAUCGAAUCUCGACCCAAACGUAAAUCAUGGGUUUCGACACGAAAGACGUGCAGGUGAAGUUGACCAGCGGUCGCACCGUUCGCAUCCCCGUAAUCGCGACGACGACAACCCAGCAGUUGUGCGAGAAGGUAGCGGAAGAGGAGAAGGCACCGGCAGAUGUUAUUACUCUCAAAUUCGGCGGUAAAGUUCUGAAGAGAAGCCAGACUAUGUAUGGAUAUGGCGUCAGAGAAGAGAUGGAAUUGAAAGUGAAGCUUCUGAAGAAGGAGACCCUGAAGGUUCACUUGCAUCUCCCCAGGAUACGUCUCCCCGGUAACGAUAAAGGUGUCGUCUCCUUAGCUAUCUACAACACAUCAGCCAACUCCGAAAUAUUGAGCAAAUUAAGAGCUACACCAAGUCUCUUUAACGAGUAUCGCUAUACAUUGCAUAUUGGCGACAUGACUCUUGAGAUGAAGAAUUAUGCUUAUGAAGAUUGUCUCAAGGAUGGGGAGAACAUCAUAGUUAAGUGUACCAAUGGUCCAAAGAUCGUGGAGGAGAAAGAAAUGGGGGAAGGAGAGAGACAGGAGGUACUGAACAGCUUUGCUUCCAGUAUGACCUCGCGACGGAAGGUGGAUAUUGUGUUUUCCUUCGACACAAAUGGAGACAUGUUUGCUCUCCUGUCAACGAUCCAAGAUCAUCUGCGAGACACUGUCACCCGCCUCAUGUCUGACAUACCGAACAUUCAGAUUGGCCUGAUGGCUCAUGGAGACUACUGUGAUGAAGCCAGCUAUGUUAUAAGGAAACACGACAUCUCCGCAGACAUGGCUGAUCUGGUCCAGUUCGUAGAGGAAACCACCGGUAGUGGAGGCGAAGGAUGGUCAUCAGGAAGAUAUGCUUGUUAUGAAUGGGCGUUAAGACAUGCCAAUGGUCUCUCCUGGAGGGAAGACGCUGCUAAGGCUUUGGUGAUCAUUGGGGCUGUAGUCCCAUACCCUCCUUCAUACACAGACAUGAACAUCAGCUGGCGGGAUGAGCUCCAAGAUCUAUGUGACAAGGAUGUCAAGGUGUACGGUGUUCAGGCCUUGAAUGAAUUCUUGAAAGAAUUCUCUAACACUAACAGAAGCUCUUUUUACAGUUACAUAUCACGGAUAUCAGGGGGUGCUCACAUCAAGUUUCAACAUUUCUCUUUGAUUACAGACAUGUUCCUUGCAGCGUGCUACAGAGAAUCAGGUGAUGAAGAAAUAAAGGCCUAUGUCGAUGAAGUGGAGAAAGAAGGAAGGAUGACAGAAGAAAUGAUGGAUGUCAUGAAGCAGCUGGAAAAGAAAUCAGAGGAGGAGGACAAAGAAGAGGAAAAAGAAAAGGAUGGAGAAGCGGGGCAGAAGACGGAUGGAGAGGCAUCAGUAGAUGCCGCAGUAGGAGAAGCUGAGGUUGCACAGCCCAAUCCUCAGAGGCAACAGGAAGAGGAGUACGUUGCCGAGCCUUGGUGGGAUACUACCUUAGAUCAGGCAGUCAUGCCCGAAUUCACAUACAACAAUGAGACAGACUUCUGGACGAGGUCCCCUCCUCCUCCUCGGGCCGCUCCUGUAGUUGGGGAGAGCAACAACUUCUUCAGUAGGACAAAAUUCAGGAAAAGUUUGAGGAUGAAGAACCUGAAGAAGGGUUGCUCAGUGAUGUGAGCAUGCAUGGGAAAUGCAGAACUUGAUGAUAAUUGUCGAAAAAUGUGAAAGUCUAAGGAUCGAUCCCACCGCUGCCACCAUGUUAGAGACGUGGUUCAGAUAUAUAAGAGACGUUCAUGCGUGGGCUUUAUUAAGUCAUUCAAUCCCAUAGGAUCCAUACAUGUAUAUCAUAACAAAUUGGAUUAUAUAAAAUAGGAUAUUUGUUAGAGGGCAUCCUAUUGGCUGAGAGGCUGUUACAUGACACUCGAUUAACAUUUCGUUAUUUUAUGAAUGACCAUGACAAUUACCUUUUUAGUACGGUAUAUUGCAUACAAAUGUGAAUUAGAUUGCGCAAGGCUCUUCCUGGCCUUCGCAUACCUAUUGUUUGCAUUGUCUUAGCGGGGGCAGAUAAUGCAUGUAAGGCUACAUCAAACUCAUGAAGAUGGGUGUUGAAUUGGGCUCUGUAUUUGUCAGCCUGGGAAGUUUUUUUGUUUCCAAAGCUGUUGCUAACUCUGGCCACCACUCCAAAUAGCUAUGGUUAUAGCUAAAUCGAAUUUCAUAAAAUUCAGAACAUGUCAGCCAAUGUUUCUGUACUCUUUAUCUACCUUUGCUCUCAUUAUUGACUGCCAUGAUGUUCUUCCUCAAAAUAGUAUUGUUAAGAUCAAACUGGUCUCAUCUAUAAUUGUGUCAAGUCAUUGUAAAUAGAAUGAAAUGAUGAUACUGCUUGCCAUGCGUUCACCAUUAAUGUGAUGUAUAUUUGUACUUACAUAUAUAUUGGAUUAUACAUGUUGGUUGUUACGCAGCUAUUCAAAUCAUAAUGCAAUAUUCAUUGUGUGUCGGUCUUUUGUAAAGAGAAAUAGGUGCUUAAUUUUGGCCAUUUUGUGCAAUGUAUUUGAUAUAUGUGUGUGAUUUAGAUUUGAGUCUUAAUUCCCAAAAUUAUUUUACUUCUGAAAGAGGGUAUUGCUUUUCUACAUUAAAAAUUUAAAAUUGCUGAGGCUUCUUAUUUUCUGCCGUCUAAAAGUUCUAUACAAGUAGAGACGAUAUACAAGGCAAUUGAGAAAUGUGCAUGUACCAUUAGGGGGGGGGGGGGGAUUAACCUUUCCAAAAAAAAUUCCUUCAAAAUUAUUGCUGAUUUCUGUUCAAUUCACUGCCUCCCCCUGGGAAUAUUGUUAUCACACCAUUAUAUCAAUACUUUCUCCAAUUAUAUGUACUAAUUAUUUUUUUUAAUUAUUUUGAGAUAUAUAUGUUUACUCAAUUCAUUAGUUCUCAUUUAUUCAAACCCAACAAGCACCACUGCAAUAUACCAGAAAUAUCAUAUACAUUGUGCAGUGUUCUAAAACUGGACUGACUUUUUUUUUUAAAUCCUGUCUUUCAGUAAAUUUAUGGUUGUAGGAAUUAAUCACCUAUGUAAAACCAUAGCCUUAUACAAUAUAUAUUUUCUGUAAAAUGAUCAUUUUGCAUAUGAUUUCAGCAUUGUAUGAGACUGCUGUUAUAUUUUAAAAUACUUUUUUAUCAUACGAAAUGUAUUAUUUAGACUGUAGUUUGUGAAAUGCCUAUUUCAUGGACAUAUGUUUUUAUAAGUAUCUGUAUGGCCAGUAAUCACUGUAUAGCUUGAUACGUCAGACUGUUUUUAGGUUCAUGUCGAAGAUUGCUUUAGACAUGAAAUAUUCUGUUUCUAUGUUAUGAACAUAUAUAUUGUAUAAUUUGUAUCUUUGUAUGUAUUGUACAUUUAUGUGUUAUUAUCAAUCCUUUUUUUCUUUUUUUUUGAAUAUAUAUAGGUUGUCCUUUUAAAGGUUAAUGUAAAUUGUAAUAAAAUUUUAUACACUUUUGUACACCUAUAA